AUGUCGCAAUGGACAGGCCAAUCUGCUCAAGGCACAGGCCUACGAAAGCGAGACUCCAGUGGAAUAGGUGAUCUUCUCGUUUUACAUGACGAGAUGUUUCACGGAGAUCCCAAGGACGAGAGAGUUCCAGCUCUAGGUGGAGGCGAACGGCACCCUGAAGCCACGGUGAGCGUGAGCUCCCGGCCCGUGGCUCAACCCGCGGAGCAUUCAGUGCAAACUUCAGAGCGUCAGGGUGCGCUGUUUGGCGCGACAAGCGAUGGGACCAGCAUAUUGCGGAAGGUCGAGCAAGAGGAGGACUUCUCCUCCAGGUUACGGAAGCGCUUGGAAGAUGCCUGCGAGUCUUCACCAGACCGAAGCAUCACCAGCAUGUCCCACGAAUUUGGAGCACUGAAUUCACAGAUCAUCCAGGGUUGGCGCCCUCCAAGCAGCGCACGAGACCAGAAGGGCCUUGGCCUCGGCCUCGGCCUGUCGAAGCCAGAGCCACCAGCGCGACCGGAGCCACCGGAGUCGCCUCCAUUGCGAGAGUCUGCAGUUGCAGCAGCUGCAGCAAUUCCAGCAGUUGUAGUUGUGGCUCAAGAGCCACCAGGUGGUAAGGUUUCAAAAAUGGAAAGAGAUACAGCUGCCAUGAGUGGCGCAAGUGGUACAUUGCUGCAAGGUGACUUUAUUUCGAGCGACCUGCACCUCACUGCCCCUGGUGAAUCAGUAGAACAAUCCAAAGGUGCGCUGGAACAGUUGGCUCUUGAACAUCAGCAGAAGCGAUGCAGGUUCCAACCUCAGGCACCUGAGGCACCUGAGGCACUUGAGGCACCUGAGGCACCCAAGGCAUCCGAGACAUCCGAGGCACCUGUACCGCUUGAAUCUGGUGAAAGUUUGGAUGACACUGUUGCGCCGGGAGGAAACAGUGUUUCAGUGAGUUUGUUGCGUCCUGAAAGUCCUGCAGAGUCGUUGCCUGUCGAUGCAGAAGUUGACAAUCAUGCUCCUGAACCCAUGGCUACGCCCAGCCCAUCUUCAAUCCUUUCAAAUUCUCUCAGCCCUUCUGGGAAGAAAAAGAAUCAAUUAAUGCUGCAACUUCCCGGAGCGAUGCCUCAACCAAUGGUGCGAGACUCUGUGAGACAAAUGCAGCUCACUGUGUCAGCAGCGUUUGGAGAAUCUGAUGCCAAAGGGACUGUGUUGGAUGGAAACCGUAAAAAACAGAAGGAUAAAAUCAGUUCAUUACAUUUGCAGAGCGUCGACGAAGGGCAGUGUGCAGAUGAAUUGGCAACAGAUGUGCUUGCUUCGGAACCUGCCUUGAAGUCCAUUCUCAAGAAAUCUCAGGAUGGAAAAGGGGGCGCGAAAUUGAGCCUAAGGACUACUGCAAUGAUGGCAGGCCUCGCUGCUCGAGGGCGGCGUGGCUCCUCUCAAGUGGUUCCCAUGGAAGUCAUGGAGGUGCCCCCCAGCAAAACAGUUACCAUCGUCGACAAUUCAGAUGAGGUGAGACAAAAAAGACGGUCACAGAAAGAGCUCGAAUGGAAGGAGCGACAGCAGAAGAUUCACUCACAGCGAAGAAUGAAGGCACUAGGCUCCAUGCUAAGGACUCCCAUGGGCUUGGCCAUAUACUUGGGCAAGUGUUACUUGGCAUCCCCCAAGGCACGCCAAGUAUGGCUGGUGGCCAUCCUCUCAGUCUGUCUCUUUGAGCUUUGGAGCGCUGCGCUAUUCAUUGCUUUUGUGCUUGACCCAAGCAAAGCCAACUUUUUAUCAACACUGCUCAGUAUGGAUCACUACGCCAACCUGGUCUUUGUCCUUGAUGCCAUGUUUUUGGCAUUGAACCAGGUGGCCGGUGAGAGCCAGGAGAUGGCAGAUCGCUCAGGAAGCCAAGCACACCUGCACCAGCGCGUGAAGCAGAUGAUGACCUGCUUGCCUGGUUUUUCGUCCUGCUCUUCAGAGCUUUUGUCUGAACUCAUUCAUGUGGGCCAGCUGAAAGCUCUACAGAAGGGGCAGAACCUCGUUGACGACGAUGGCGGCUACUCCACCAGCUUUUACCUCAUUAUGGAAGGGGAAGUGUCUGUGACAGAAGGCGAUUCAAUGCCUCGGUACUUUGGUGAAGGUACCUGUUUUGGCGAGUUUCAAGUGUUUGGGAUCCAGGAGACUGCGCAAACCAGAGCAGAAGCAGUGACUCUUGCGGAAGUUUUUGAGAUCCCUGCAGAUGCAAUGUUGAAGUGUAUGGAAGGCUUGCCAGCAGAUCGCAACGUGUUCAUGGAGGGUUUGAAAGCGAAGUACAUGGAGGUGCAUGCGUCCAUGACCAUGGCUCAGGACCCACAACAGCAGAACCAAAAGAAUUUUCGUGCUUUUUGGAAGGCGUUUGCAACGGCGUACCGUAUUUGCCAACAGAUCUUCGUGCAGACGAUUUUUGCCGUGCUCCUGUGGGUAUGGGGAACUGUCGUUCAGAACUCGUUGGAUGCAAGGAGGGAAGAGCUACGAUGCCUCAAUGUCUGGAGAUCGAGCGAAGAGAACGCCAUGAAGGCAUCUGCCGCUGUAGACGAUCUUCGAAAACAACUGAGUGUGGCUCACAAUCGACUGACGCAGGAGAUCGAAAGCUACAACUACCUGGAGAGCAUGGCCCAGCACGAAGCGAACAUGGCCGUUCAGGAGAAUGAGAGCGUGAAUCAGCUUCAUGUAAAACUUCAAGAACAAAGAGUGGCUGGCUUCCAAGCCAAGGACAAAACCGAGGCCAGUGCACAUCGUGACCAGAUGGUAACACGCAUGAGGUCCUCCCUACAAGCCCAAGUCCGCCAGCUCAAAGGUGAAGCAUCCGAACUCGCUGCCCAAGGAUCUCAUGGAAGUGCGAUCCUGUCGCUGACCGAUGAGAACAAGGCACGCUCCAAGGCAUCUGGGAAAGGAGUCGGAAUCCUUGAGAAAGAGAGUGAUCGACACAUGUUGUUAGAACAGAAGAUUGAGGAGAUGAAGAAAGUCAGAGAUUCGACCAUUGAGAACAUUAAAUCACCCCAUUCGUCAGUAGUAGAUGAAUUGAGGGGAGAACUCAAGGAGAUGGAGAGAAAGAAGGACAAGUACAAGUCAUACUUCAACCAACAUGAGGAUCACCUAACGGAGGAGGAAGAGGCCUGUAAGGCUGAAUCGGAGGCAUGUGAGAGGAUUAGGAACGAAUACAAUGAACAAGUGAGGAGUUGA